GAUACCAGAAGGCUGUGCAGUGAAGGAUUGUGGCUGUUGUGAAGUAAACAUGGAACAGUUGACAUGGUCUGCAGUGCUGCUCCUACUGGCUCUCUCAGUCAGAGAGACAUUUACACAGAGAAUCAUCGGAGGACAAGAAGUCGAACGGUAUUCUAUCAAGUACCAGGCAUCUAUACAGUACAACAGGAACCACUACUGUGGAGCCACCCUCAUUCGGCCCCAGUGGGUGGUGUCUGCUGCCCACUGCUGGAGACCGGCCCAGCUGAUCCAGGUGGUUUUGAGUGAGCACAGUCUGGUCGAGGAAGAAGGCUUCGAGCAAGUGUUCAACAUCUCCAAGAUCUUGGUCCACUAUAGCUACAACUACAAGACUUUCAACAACGACAUCAUGCUCAUCAAGCUCAGUGAGCCAGCCAAGCUCAAUGCCUACGUUCAGCCUGCCCCACUGCCAGAAGACGACACCCCUGCUCUCCCAGGGUACACCACCUGUACGGUGAGCGGCUGGGGUGUCACGCGUAUCUACAGCUACUUCCUGUCCCCUGUGCUGCGUGCUGUGGAUGUGCAGACCAUUCCUUACUGCCACCAAUACUACUACUGGAGGAUCACAGACAACAUGAUGUGUGCUGGGUCUCGCUUUGGUGGCAAGGACUCCUGUCAGGGCGACUCGGGCGGACCCCUUAUCUGCAAUGGAAACUUGGAAGGCAUCGUCUCAUGGGGAAUCAGCUGUGCCAACCCUUACUUCCCAGGAGUCUACACUCAAGUCAGAAUGUAUGUCAGAUGGAUCGACUGGAUCAUCAACAGUGACAACCCCAACAACUGAAUCAAGACCAAUGUCCAGGAAGGGUAGCGCACCCAGGGAAGAGAACAGUUCCACAAUGAAUUGAAUAGAAGGAUAUAAAUCACCAUGAGGUCAAAUAAAAUACUACACUAUUCCACUCCUGCUUGUCACAGUUUUAAACCAUAUGAACAAGAGCAGUGGCUGAGGCAUCACAUUAGCUGUGAGUAGAGGGCCAACAUAGAGGAAAUAUUAGGGGAAGUAGCACAGAGAUCCUACAGUAUGUCAUUCUGUGUGGAAUAGCAAUAAACCACAAUUUUAAUUA